CCUUCGCCGCUCUCUCUUCCGCUGCUCUUGCUGUUCUCUGUGCUAUCCGCUAGGGUUUAUCUACUCCAGCAAUGGCGACAGUGCAGCUCUCAAGCGCAAGGGUCGGGGCGGCGGCGUUCGCUGCGAAGGGGAAGGCCUCCCUCGAACCGCUCCGGCUUCCGGCGACGGUGACCAUCGGUGAGGCUCGCCCCGCGCGGCGGGCGUUUCGGGGCCUCGUCGUCAGGGCCGCCACCGUCGUUGCCCCCAAGUAUACAACACUUAAGCCCUUGGCUGAUAGAGUGCUUGUAAAGAUUAAGUCUUCUGAGGAGAAGACAACCGGUGGAAUUUUGCUCCCUACGACUGCUCAGUCCAGACCUCAGGGUGGUGAGGUAGUUGCCGUUGGAGAAGGAAGGACCAUUGGGGAUAAGAAAGUUGAUAUCAGCAUUCAGGUUGGAGCUCAAGUUAUAUAUUCAAAGUAUGCUGGAACUGAAGUUGAGUUGAAUGAUUACAACCAUCUAGUUCUAAAAGAGGAUGACGUUAUAGGUAUCUUAGAAACUGAUGAUGUGAAAGACAUGAAGCCUCUGAAUGACCGUGUCCUAAUCAAGGUUGCUGAAGCUGAAGAUAAAACUCCAGGUGGUCUAUUGCUCACCGAAACUACCAAGGAGAAGCCAUCUAUUGGAACGGUCGUAGCUGUUGGUCCAGGCCCCCUGGACGAGGAAGGCAACAGGAUCCCGCUGUCCGUCUCUGCAGGGAGCACCGUCCUCUACUCCAAGUACGCCGGCAGCGAGUUCAAGGGCGCCGAUGGCACUAACUACAUCGUGCUGAGGGUGUCGGAUCUGAUGGCCGUCCUCUCGUGAGCAGUGGGUUUUCAACAGUUACCUCCAAAGCUUCCACCAUUCUGUUGUAGCGUCGCCAUUUUUUUGGGAACAAGCAAAGGUUCCCUGGCAAUCCUCUAGACUUUCUACUUUCUUGCGGCUUCCCGUUUCUCUUUGGUCAAUACUAGUAUUCUUACUCUGAGGAAUAAAGAUUCGAAAUUCGGCCGCAUGAAAGGAUUUUCUUGUA